CACACACCAAUGCGCUGUCUAUCAUUUGAAUCAUCACAAUUGCCACACACAGCUAUUGCUCUUCCAAUUGAACUCAACUCUCACCAGCUUCGCUUUUCUCUCCUUCUUCUAAAUCUGAGUUGAAGAAAUUACUCAACUAGGGUUGAUAAAAUGACUUUGAAAACCCCAGGAACACCAGUUUCAAAGAUAGUUAGGACUCCGGUAUCAACUCCAGGAGGGUCAAGAGCUAAGGAAGAGAAGAUUGUGGUCACAGUAAGGUUAAGACCUUUGAACAAAAGGGAGCAAUUAGCCAAAGAUCAGGUGGCAUGGGACUGCAUCAAUGAUUAUACUAUUGUGUAUAAACCACCUGCACAAGAACGGGCUGCCCAACCUAUCUCAUUUACUUUUGAUAAAGUUUUUGGUCCUGCUUCAGUAACAGAAGCAGUAUACGAAGAAGUAAAGAAUGUGGCAUUAUCUGCAUUAACAGGCAUUAACGCUACAGUUUUUGCUUAUGGACAAACUAGCAGUGGAAAAACAUAUACAAUGAGAGGCAUAACAGAGAGGGCUGUCAAUGAUAUCUACAAACAUAUCUUGAAUUCUCCUGAAAGAGAUUUCACUAUAAAAAUAUCUGGACUAGAGAUAUACAAUGAGAAUGUAAGGGACUUGUUAAAUUCAGAAUCUGGUCGCAGUUUGAAGCUUCUUGAUGAUCCUGAGAAAGGUACUAUGGUUGAGAAACUAGUGGAAGAGACAGUAAAAGAUGACAAGCAUUUGAGACAUUUGAUCUCCAUUUGUGAAGCUCAAAGGCAGGUUGGCGAAACUGCUCUAAAUGAUAACAGCUCGCGGUCUCACCAGAUAAUAAGAUUGACAAUUCAAAGUACCCUUCGUGAAAAUACAGAUUGUGUGAAAUCUUUUGUCGCAACCUUGAACUUUGUUGAUCUUGCUGGAAGUGAGAGGGCCUCACAGACACAUGCAGAUGGCACUAGGCUGAAAGAAGGCUGCCAUAUUAACCUCAGCUUGAUGACUCUUACAACUGUUAUAAGGAAGCUCAGUGUUGGAAAAAGAAGUGGACAUAUACCUUAUAGGAAUUCAAAGCUUACACGUAUAUUGCAACAUUCCCUUGGUGGGAAUGCUCGCACUGCCAUUAUUUGUACUUUAAGUCCUGCACUGACCCAUGUGGAACAAUCACGAAACACUCUCUUGUUUGCUACCCGGGCAAAGGAAGUAACAAAUAGCGCCCAAGUUAACAUGGUUGUAUCAGACAAACAACUUGUUAAACAUUUACAAAAGGAAGUUGCAAGGCUGGAGGCAGUGUUGCGCACUCCCGAUCCUUCAAAUGAAAAGGAUUGGAAAAUUCAACAGAUGGAAAUGGAAAUUGAAGAGCUGAAACGCCAGAGAGAUCUUGCACAAACUCAGGUGGAUGAAUUACGCAGAAAGCUUCAGGAUGACCCAAAGGUCUCCAACCCAGUUGAAUCACCACAUCUCCCAGUCAAGAAGUGCCUCUCAUUCACCGGUGCACUAUCAUCUUUUAAACCAGAGCCAGGAUGUGAGAACGUAAGAAGAUCAGCAUUAAGACAGUCCUUGAGGCAGUCGUCUACUGCUCCUUUUACCCUUAUGCAUGAAAUUCGCAAGCUUGAGCAUCUCCAAGAGCAGCUAGGUGAAGAAGCCAAUAGAGCCUUGGAAGUAUUACAAAAGGAAGUGGCAUGUCAUAGAUUAGGUAACCAAGAUGCAGCUGAGACAAUUGCAAAACUGCAAGCAGAAAUAAGGGAAAUGCGUUCUGUCAGGUCAACAACACCAAAGGAGGUUGAAGUUGGUUGCAUGGUUUCUGUCAACAAGAGUGUCAGUGCUAAUCUCAAGGAGGAGAUUACCCGGCUUCAUUCACAAGGCAGCACCAUUGCAAAUCUUGAACAGCAGCUUGAAAAUGUUCAGAGGUCCAUAGACAAGUUGGUGAUGUCUCUCCCGAAUAACUUUCAACAUUCACCCAAUGAAGCCUCCCCUAAGCAUAAAAAGGAACACAGGAGGAAAAAGUUGCUUCCUUUGUCUUCAAGCAAUGCUGCCAAUCGCCAAAAUUUCCUAAGAUCUCCCUGCUCACCAUUAUCUAUUACACAGCAAGUUCUGGAACCAGAUGUUGAAAAUAAAGCUCCCGAGAAUGAUGAUAUUAUUUCAAUUGAUAUGCCUGAGUCUGAGAAGGAGACUCCAACAAAGAGUGAAGAAGCUGGAGAUGUUUCAUCGAAGGAAAAUACUCCCGUUUAUCGACGUUCUAGUUCGGUUAACGUGAAGAAAAUGCAGAAAAUGUUUCAGAAUGCAGCAGAGGAGAAUGUAAGAAGUAUAAGAGCAUAUGUGACAGAAUUGAAAGAACGUGUGGCGAAACUGCAGUACCAAAAGCAGUUACUUGUUUGCCAGGUGCUUGAACUUGAAGCAAACGAAGCAAAUGGUCACAACAUAGACAACGAAGAAUACCCAUGUGAACAGGAGGAACCCCAGGUCCCGUGGCAGAUAACAUUUAAAGAGCAACGACAGCUGAUCCUUGAAUUAUGGGAUCUAUGUUAUGUCUCCAUCAUCCAUAGGACCCAGUUCUAUUUGUUAUUCAAGGGAGAUCCAGCUGAUCAAAUAUACAUGGAAGUAGAACUAAGGCGUUUGACAUGGUUGCAACAACAACUAGCGGAACAUGGGAAUGCAAGCCCAUCUCCUCAUGCUGGGGAUGAACAUACCACUAUCUCAUUGUCAUCAAGUAUGAGAGCUUUGAAACGAGAAAGGGAAUUUCUGGCCAAGAGACUGACAUCACGUUUGUCGUUGGAGGAGAGGGAAGUGUUAUAUAUGAAAUGGGAUGUUCCUCUUGAUGGGAAGCAGAAGAGGAUGCAAUUUAUCUGCAAACUCUGGACUGAUCCUCAUGAUCCUAUCCAUGUACAGGAGAGUGCUGAAAUAGUUGCAAAGCUUGUGGGAUUUCGAACAGGAGGGAACAUGUCAAAGGAAAUGUUUGAACUGAACUUCGUGCUUCCAUCCGACAAGAGGCCAUGGUUAAUGGGCUGGAAUCCCAUUACAAACUUGCUUAAUUUGUGAUAGAUUUCAUGUUUGUAUAUUACGGUACCAUUAAAAAAGUCUUGUAAAUGCUAAUUGAUUUUGGCGCAUUUCUCAAUUCAAAAUUAUUGUUUUGGACUAUGUUCUUUGUUCCAAUAAACUGAUCCAAUUCAUUUGGAUUCCCAUCAUAUACAAGAAGCAUGUUGUCAA